GGCAGCAGAAGCGCGGGUGCCCAAGGCCCAGUGAACGGGGCAGGAUGAGCGGCGAGGACGGAAACGAGGAGUUCUACCGACAGUUGCAGCUCCAGCAGCAGUAUGAGGCCAAACCAGCCGAGGGUGAAGGCGAGGGCGAGUCUGACCCCUUUACCUACGUGGACCCUGCGGACGGGGCUGCGUACGAGUGGGACCUGGAGAAGAAGGCCUGGUUUCCCAAGAUAACAGAAGAUUUCCUGGCGACCUAUCAUGCCAACUAUGGCUUCCAUGCAGAUGAGACAGAUACUUCAUCUGCUUCUGGUACAGCCAUUGAAAGUAAGCAACCAGUAAGUUCUAAGACACCAGGAACGCAACCAUCAGCAAAUGAGACAGGACAAAAACAAACAGAUCCAAAACAAAAAUCGGAAAAAAGGAAGCUAGAGCCAGGGUGGUUUCAUGUUGAAGAAGACAGAAACACAAAUGUUUAUGUGACAGGUUUACCUCCAGACAUUACAAAAGAUGAAUUUGUGCAAGUCAUGUCAAAAUGUGGUAUCAUCAUGCGAGAUCCUCAGACAGAAGAACACAAGAUCAAACUGUACAAAGAUAAGGAAGGAAAUCUUAAAGGAGAUGGCCUCUGUUGUUAUCUGAAGAGGGAAUCAGUUCAACUUGCUUUGAGGCUUCUGGAUGAAGCAGAAAUCCGAGGCUAUAAAUUGCACGUGGAAGUUGCAAAGUUCCAACUGAAGGGGGAGUAUGAUGCAAGCAAAAAGAAGAAGAAAUGUAAAGACUACAAGAAGAAGUUGUCGCAACAGCAGAAACAGCUGGAUUGGAGGCCAGAGAAGAAAGAUGGGGCAACUCGAAUGCGGCACGAACGCAUCGUUAUUAUCAGGAAUAUGUUUCACCCCAAGGACUUUGAGGAGGACCCUUUAGUGCUAAAUGAGAUAAGAGAAGAUCUUCGGACAGAGUGUGAAAAGUUUGGUCAAGUAAAGAAGGUUCUCAUAUUUGAUAGACACCCUGAUGGCGUCGCUUCUGUGUCAUUUAAAGAAGCAACAGAAGCUGAUCUGUGCAAGCUGACUCUAAAUGGAAGGUGGUUUGGUGGCCGUCAGCUCAGUGCUGAAACAUGGGAUGGUGUAACAGAUUAUCAGGUGGAGGAGACUGCAAGAGAAAGGGAAGAAAGGCUCAAGGUGUGGGAGUCAUUUUUAGGGGAUCCUGAUGCCAAGGAGCAGCUAACUACAUCUGAUUUGGAUUCUGCAUCAAGUAGUUUUAAACUGCCUAAAGGGAAACCUCCAGAGGUUAAUGACACACCUAAGGAGGAUGCAAAUGAUGAAGCUCAUAAGAGGGAGAAUAAUGGUGAGGAUAUUAAUGAAGAUGGAGCUCCAUCCACAGACAGCAGCCUUGCAGGCAGUGAUGAUGAAGCUGAUAUAUAACAUCUUUAAUGCUUUAUAAAAGCAUGAUUUUUAGGGUGAUGUUUGAGUGUAUCCCUUCAGGAUGACUGCAGACAAUAUUCAGACGAAUAUAGGUAUAUUAGAAUGUCAUCAACUGUGUGCUUUGAAGUUUUCAUUAAAAGCAGUAUUUAAUGAGGUUCUAAAAGUUUGUAUUAAUUGGCUGUUGAGGUUAAGUAACUCAAGUUGCCUAGAACGCAGUACAACUCAUCAGGCUUCUUUUGUUCUAACUACGCUUGUCAGUGUUUCAUCGUGUGAGUGUGAAAUAUGUUCCAACCCUCAAGUUUAUGUAACUAUAUGUAACUUACGUAAUGCAAAGCUUUUUCAAGAUUUGUGGAUUGUACUGUUAAUUUUCCUGAGCCCCUGGAACUUGGUAUUUCAAUAAUUUGUGUCUUGGUAUAUUGGAUCAUUUUAUGGAACAGGUGCUCUGAUCCAUAUAGGAUGAAUGUAUUGGAUGUGUUGCUAUGUAUUAGGUGGCAGAUGAAGACUAGUAUCAGGUCACAGGCUUAAAGAAAGUGGCAUACAGUGUUGCCAUAGCAACCCUAAGGCAGACUGAGUGAAGAGAGGUUAUUAAAUCACAGCAUUCAACAAAUUAAUUUUUCCUUCCCCUGUUUAGACCCUUUCUUCUGUUGAUGUUGGAUAGAGGCUGGAAUUACAUCAAGGAGACUAGAAAUGCAUGAACACACAUAUUCUAGGCCGUAAUUACAUUGGUUUUACACUCUGGUCUAUAUGCAGUAGGUAUCAAAAUAGGCUUUUGAUUUCUGUGGUGGCUUAAUUAGUUCUUGCUUUAAUAUUAGAGUAAGGGUCAUUCAUUAACUUUGUUGACAUGAUGAAUGUGAGUUUUCCUCGAUGUUUUAGUUUAGCUCUCUGUGUCCUCUUCACAGGGGAGGAUCUUCCAUAUUUCAUAAAAUUUAAAUGCUUUUGGCAGCUCAAACUGCAGUUUGUUGUGCAAAAGUUAGAAUACUUUAAAAUGCUUUCAAAUAACGCUUUUACAUGGAAAAAUCAAAUGCUAGUCCUCUUCAAAAUAUUUCCAAAUGGGAGGACCUAGAAGAUAUUCUAACUUAUUAAUGGCAGGUUUUCAAAAAUAGCUGGGGGGAGCUGUUUUGGGCAUAGUCAUUCUUAAUUUAGAAUUCCACUGCUUUGAUAAGUAAGGAUAGAAGAACAUGGAUUUCGGCACUAAACAACUAAAAAUUCGUAGCGUGCUGUUCAUAUGGAUGAACACCAGUACACGUUUGCAAGGAGGAUCCUUUGAAUUUCUUUAAUUCAUCUUGGGUUGCAAGAAACUAUAGAUGCUGAUUCCUGUGUUUCCUUCCUGAGGUACUCAGAAUACUCUGAAAAUGUUAUUUUAAAUCUUGUGCUUUGAGUUUACCAUACAGAUUUUUUUCCUGAAUUCUAUAUAGUUGUCUAAGUUUAUUUUAUUGGAGUUUUUUUAAUAUAUAGUCAAUAUGUGUGGGUGGCUAUGCCAAAAAGAGCAUCUAAGUUAUCACUGGACAUUGUGGUUAUAAGUUAUAUAAAUUUUGUAUUAUAUAUAAAUUUGUCACAAUGUGUCAUCUCUCGUGACAAAAAUAGCUCUCAUAUUUGGAUUCAGGGGUUAAAAGUCUGAGGGCUCAUAAUACGCUGAUAUGACGCAUUUUGAGUUGCAUUAUAAAGAAGAGAUGUAGCUCUUACCAGCUGAAAAAAAGUCCAUUUUCUCAUCUUUCCAAGUGUGUGGAUUGUGUGUUUCAGCAAAGCAGGUGUUUGAAGAAUUCAGGGUAUCUGGAACACUGCCUGGUUAGUAGCUGCAUGUAGUGGUAUAUUCAGAUACAUUUCUGGGUUGUGUUGGUUCUGCCUCCGUUAUUUUUAUUGGUAAGAAGCACCACAGACUUUUGAGAGCUGGAAGUGUUUGCAUGUGAGGAGUGUAGUUUAGUGUGGUGAGUAUUGCCUUCAGUUCUCCUUUUUUUCUUCCAGCUUCUAGACUCCAGGCUUUAGAUCUCUCACUCUUGUGUUUUGUUUACUUUUUUUUAAGGGAGCCCAGUUGUUUAACAAUACAUAGUUAAGUCACUUGUUUUACAGUGGAAUUACAGCUGAUGUAGGGAAACUUGUGGAAGUAUAUAAAAAACUUGUAAAGUUCUAUGAAGCCUAAUCAUGGUAUUGGAUAUGGAAAACAAGGUUAGUAUUACUGUUUGAAAUAAGACUUUGAAAAAUAAGGAAUUGUGUGUGCAGUGAACCUUCCUCUCUCCAAUUGAUGUGCAAAUUUGACUGGCUUGCUGCAGAAAUUCAAUGUGCUCUUAGUCCUUUCACCUUCUCCUUUAGACUUCACACUGAAGUAGUGCACUACAACAAAGACUGAGACCAAAUGCUUUACUGGCUUUCCUAUUAACUAAGAUUCUUAAGAAGUAAAAGCUCUUUUUCCAUGCAAA